AUGUCUUCAUCCUUCUCGUUUAAACGCAUCGUUUCACUCCUUCUAUUGGCCUCAGCCAUACAACUUCUAUUUAUACACAGCGUUUUGUCUCAAAGUCAGGACAAUGCGUUCCUCUACCACAAGUGUUCUGACAUUGAAGGGAAUUUCACUUCGAGGAGUCCUUACGAGUCAAACCUCAACAGUCUCUUUCCUCGUCUCUCUUAUAGUGUUCCAUCAAACGGUUUUGGCGCUCUCUCGACUGGCAACAAACCUGACAACGUCAAUGGUUUGGGCCUAUGCAGAGGUGAUGCCUCCCCUUCUGAUUGCCGAACCUGUCUGGCAACCGCCAUUCCUGAGGUAAUCUUAUACUUCAUCCAUUUCUAA